AUUCACUCAUUCAUUAUUAGGUAAACAACACAAAAAAAAGAAAAGAAAAAGGAAAGAAACAGUCACAACAAAAAAAGAACAAAAAAAAUCCAAAUCAUCGAUGAGUGGUAAAUCUGGCGUGGUUUGGAUUUUGCUGGCGUUGAUCGCCGCCGCUUGGUGUCUGUUAACUCCAGCGAGGGCGAAUUCGACGACAAUAUAUGAGGAGCUCCGGGCGCAGGGUCUUCCGGUGGGGCUUCUUCCAAAGGGAAUAGCGAAGUACUCGAUGAACGCGACGAGCGGGGAGUUCGAGGUGUGGAUGAAGGAAGCGUGCAACGCGAAGUUCGAGAACGAGGUGCACUACGACUCCAAUAUAAAGGGUGUUCUUGGCUACGGUCGGAUCGGGGAAUUAUCCGGUGUGUCGGCGCAGGAGCUCUUCCUGUGGUUCCCCGUUAAGGGUAUUAGGGUUGAUGUUCCCACGUCGGGGCUCAUUCAUUUCGAUGUUGGUGUUGCGGAUAAGCAGUUCUCUCUUUCGCUCUUUGAAGAUCCUCCUGAUUGUAACCCCCAGGCCCAGGUUAAUGUUGGUGGUGAAGGUGAGCGAAGGGCUGUUUGGUAGAAGAUAGGAGGAAUGUUGCUGCAUUUCAAAUUAUACAGCUCAAUCGGCCCCUCUAUGCCUGUGGUUGGUCUUCAUUGAUAUAUAUAUAUAUAUGAUAUACAGUGCGGUCUUUUUCAUAUCUGCUGCUUUGAUUGAAUCAAUCGCCUGUCUCAAGGGACUAAGGAUGACAAUUUUGGUGGUCCGCAAGCAUAUGGUUUUUUUUUUGGCAAAAUCUGUGACAGACAAGGAUGUAGGGUUAGGUUGGUUUUGCUAAUAUACCAAGGUUUUACUAUCUGUAUUUUGGUCUUGUUAUUUGUGCAUAUAAAUGUUUCAGACUUGUGUUAGAUUCAACUAUAUUAUAUUAAAGAACAUAAUCUGUUAGGUGGUUCUUCUAUUAUGAUUUUCUUUUUAUCAAUGAUUCUUCUAUUAUGACUGAUAA